UCCCUCAUCCCAGGGUCACUCACCGGUCAGCCAAGCGCACCUGCAACUGCAAAGCUGCGGAGGCCGCCACGCCGCCACGCCCUCCGAGAGCCAAGCACAAUGCCCCCGACCCCCACCACAGCCGCCGCAACCGGCGCCGCCGUGGCGGCGGCAUCAGCGGAGCAGGCGGCGUUCCGCCUCGUGGGCCACCGCAACUUCGUCCGCGUGAACCCGCGCUCCGACCGCUUCCACACGCUCGCGUUCCACCACGUGGAGCUCUGGUGCGCCGACGCGGCCUCCGCCGCGGGCCGCUUCUCCUUCGGGCUCGGCGCGCCGCUCGCCGCGCGGUCCGACCUCUCCACGGGGAACACCGCGCACGCGUCCCUGCUGCUCCGCUCGGGCGCCCUCGCGUUCCUCUUCACGGCGCCCUACGCGCACGGCGCCGACGCCGCCACGGCCUCGCUGCCCUCCUUCUCCGCCGCCGAGGCGCGGCGCUUCGCGGCCGACCACGGCCUCGCGGUGCGCGCCGUCGCGCUCCGCGUGGCCGACGCGGAGGACGCCUUCCGCGCCAGCGUCGCGGCCGGCGCGCGCCCGGCGUUCGAGCCCGUCGAGCUCGGCCUCGGCUUCCGCCUCGCCGAAGUCGAGCUCUACGGCGACGUCGUGCUCCGGUACGUGAGCUACCCGGACGACGCGGACGCGUCCUUCCUGCCGGGGUUCGUGGGCGUGACCAGCCCCGGCGCGGCGGACUACGGGCUGAGGAGGUUCGACCACAUCGUCGGCAACGUGCCGGAGCUGGCGCCGGCGGCCGCCUACUUCGCUGGCUUCACGGGGUUCCACGAGUUCGCCGAGUUCACGGCGGAGGACGUGGGCACCACGGAGAGCGGGCUCAACUCGAUGGUGCUCGCCAACAACGCGGAGAACGUGCUGCUCCCACUCAACGAGCCGGUGCACGGCACCAAGCGCCGCAGCCAGAUACAGACGUACUUGGACCACCACGGCGGCCCCGGCGUGCAGCACAUGGCGCUGGCCAGCGACGACGUGCUCAGGACGCUGAGGGAGAUGCAAGCGCGCUCGGCCAUGGGCGGCUUCGAGUUCAUGGCGCCUCCGGCGCCCGAAUACUAUGACGGCGUGAGGCGGCGCGCCGGGGACGUGCUCACGGAGGCACAGAUUAAGGAGUGUCAGGAACUAGGGGUGCUGGUGGACAGAGAUGACCAGGGCGUGCUGCUCCAGAUCUUCACCAAGCCAGUGGGGGACAGGCCAACGUUGUUCUUGGAGAUCAUUCAAAGGAUCGGGUGCAUGGAGAAGGAUGAGAAGGGGCAAGAAUACCAGAAGGGUGGCUGUGGCGGGUUUGGCAAGGGAAACUUCUCCCAGCUGUUCAAAUCCAUUGAGGAUUAUGAGAAGUCCCUUGAAGCUAAGCAAGCUGCAGCAGCUCAGGGAUCCUAGAACAGAGCUUGAAGACAAGAGACUGUUGCGGCACAUUGUAUCAUGGAACAAAAAUAAUAAUAAUGUUCUUGUAACACUUGACAUGCAAAUGUUUGUGUUGUAUAUGAAGAGACGAUGCUAUGAUGGGUGUAAUAGAUGGUAGAGAGGGUACAACCCUAAUAAGUAUUAAUGAUGCAUUAUUUGCGUAUCUGUUGUGCAAGUUUGCAUGAAAACAAAGAGGGUCAGUAUGAGGCAUAAUUAAUCUGUCCCUGGGAUUCUUGUAA